AUGUCCCGACUAACCCGCAAAGCGAGUGCUAUGCAACUCCUGGAGCUCAACGCAGCACAUGUCCAAGCCGAGCAACAAGCGCUGCAUGCCGAAGUCUGCAAUAUCAAAGACGCUUUGAGGCGGAGCCACACCGCUAAUGCCAUGCUUCGCGGCGAUGUGGAACGGUUCAAGAACAUAGUGCGAGCGCAGGACGCUGCGCUGCGUGGUUUACACGAGGAGGUCUUCAGCGUGAAGAGAGAGCUUGCUGCGUUUACGAGACUGCCUGUUGUUGAGAGUGGUACCCAUAUAGUGAAGACGAACAAGCAGCACGACGCGAAGGAGCAGAUGAGGAGAAGAUGA